AUGUUUAUUGACGAUACCGACAGCAAAAUUGCAGCAGAGAUCGAACAAAUGAUCAGAGAAUCGGAUAAAGCGACAAUCGUUAAAAAUAAUGAUGUCAACAGCGUUGAAAACAUGGAAAUAUCGGUCAACAGAAUAAACGAUCAAAUAAAACUUCUUGAGCUGCGAAAAGAGCGAAUUCGAUUCCGGCUAAAAUGGGCUCGUCAUAUGAAACAGAAAAACAUGACCCAAAUCGUCGCCUUCUCCGGAGACUUGUUGAAUCGUCAGACGACGCUGAACAAGCGGCGCCACAGCCUGAUCGCCUCGACGACAGACGAAGUGAAAAACUCCUUCAAAGAUGUCAACUCAAAUGACGGCCUCAAAUUCCAUUCCUCGGCUUGUUUCGAAACUGGAAAUUUCCAGAUGUCCCGAUACCCGACAAAAAGGUGCAAUAACUACCCUCGAUGCCACGAGUUCAACGUCAAACUCUUCCUCCAUUCCGCCGACCCUUCCUCUGUCAAAGCAGGCUUGAACUCGAUUCUCUCCGAAAUGGACUUCAAAUACGCCGACUCGUUGAUCCUCGCCUUCGAAAAGAACAUCAGCUCGAGGGAAAUCAACAGAAUCUGGAAAGAAGCGGAACAGCUGAAGUCGUCGGGGAAGGUUCAAACUAUUGGCGUGGCGGAUAUGACCAUUGAGCAGAUCAGGCACUUGUUUGAUUGGUGCAGCAUCAGCCCUGACAUGCUACAAAUCUGCCCGAGCACAUACGACGAAGACUUCAAGGAGCAAAAUUCGACCAUCAAAGACAUCAUGACCUACGGCCACGAGCAUCACCUAAGAAUCACCACUCAUAACGACCCGGUACUGGAAUUUGAGGAACUGCAUCUCAAAGCCCCCGCCCUCGCCGAAAAAUACUCCACUUCUUAUAUUGGAGAUGUCGCCGCCCGAGAAUUCAAAGAACGCCUGAUAGACAACUCAUUCAAAAACUCCAAAUUGAUCGAUCUCUACGGUAUCCUUCCUCGGCUCAGGCCUAAGCGGCUGCAUAAAUUGUCCCUGGAAAACAAGCCGGUAAAGACAACAGCGAAAAACCAAGUGGCAAACACAAGAAAUCCGUUUUCAAGAGUUCAUUCAGCAUGGCACGAUAAAAUGAGAAUCAACGCUGAACACAAUCAGACAUUCCGAGAGUAUAUUCAGGCAAUCGAACCUCUCGAAAUCGAUCAUCAAUAUAUUCCAGCCGAUUACUACACUAGCUUCGAAGCCUACGUCGAAUACAUCGCCUCAAACCCUGGCGACUCAAAAAUGAACGGGCACUGGAGAACAGCUUUCAAUCUCUGCUCCGCCUGCGCGCUCGAUUAUUCCAUCAUCACACAUCUCGACAACAGCGAGGAAGAAAUCCCCUUCGUCCUCGAAAAAAUCAACCUCGCCGGGAAAAUCGAAAUCGCUGGGAAAUAUUCUUGGGACGGGACGAAGCGAAUCAAAGAUCAGCAAAAACUCGAAGAGGCGCGAAAGAAGGAGAAACCAUCAGCCGAGCUGGAAUGGAAAAAUGUGCCGAGGAAGACUGCAGAAUUGAUUUACAAGCAUUAUUUUCUGGAUUUUGUCGUGUUUGGGUACUCUCCUGAGGAUGUUCUGAAGUUUAUCGAAGCCGCGGAUUCUGGGAAAAAACGACCAACCGAAGAGAGAAUACAGUUAUCAAGAAAUCAACUUCACGAGAAAGAAGAAAGCUACCUCGAAAAAUUUACAAAUUUCAUUUGCAAUAAAGGAUAUUCUUGA